AUGAACCCUUCUACCUCCCGAGCCGCGGUGCGCUCUAUGGCCACCCUAACACAUGCGACCAGAGCCACCCCCGCAGCCCGCAACCUUCUGUCCAUCGCUCGUCCGGCUACUCGGUCUUUGAGCUCCAAUACCCGUCAAUUCGCUUUCCCUCGCCUUCAGACCCUCAACAAGCGUGCCUUUGGAACCACCACCAGAAUGUCCGUUGACGCCCGUACCGAGAGCGAUGCCUUUGGUGAGAUCCAGGUCCCUGGCGACAAGUACUGGGGUGCGCAGACUCAGCGCUCCCUGGGCAACUUCGACAUCAACCAGCCCCAGGACCGUAUGCCCGCCCCCGUGGUCAAGGCUUUCGGUAUCCUCAAGGGUGCUGCCGCUGAGGUUAACAUGAAGUACGGCCUUGACCCCAAGAUUGGUGAGGCCAUCAAGCAGGCUGCCGCGGAGGUCGCCGAGGGUAAGCUGCUGGACCACUUCCCUCUGGUUGUCUGGCAGACCGGCUCCGGCACACAGUCCAACAUGAACUCCAACGAGGUUAUCUCCAACCGUGCUAUUGAGAUCCUUGGUGGCACCAUGGGUUCCAAGAAGCCCGUUCACCCUAACGACCACGUCAACAUGUCCGCCUCCUCCAACGACUCCUUCCCUACCGUCAUGCACAUUGCUGCCGUUGUCGAGCUCGAGCAGACCCUCCUGCCUUCCCUCAAGGGUCUCCGUGACGCCCUCCAGGUCAAGGUCGACAAGUUCGAGCACCUGAUCAAGAUUGGCCGUACUCACUUGCAGGACGCCACUCCCCUCACCCUCGGCCAGGAGUUCUCCGGCUACGUCGCCCAGCUCGACCGCAACAUUGAGCGUGUCCAGGCCUCUCUCCCCCACCUCCGCUUCCUCGCUCAGGGUGGUACCGCCGUUGGCACCGGUCUCAACACCUUCAAGGGCUUCGACGAGGCCGUCGCUGCUGAGAUCAGCAAGCUGACCGGCACCGAGUUCAAGACCGCCCCUAACAAGUUCGAGGUUCUCGCCGCCCACGACUCCAUCGUCGAGGCCUCCGGUUCCCUCAACACCCUUGCCUGCUCCCUGUUCAAGAUCGCCCAGGAUGUGCGCUACCUCGGCUCCGGCCCCCGCUGCGGUCUCGGCGAGUUGAUCCUCCCCGAGAACGAGCCCGGUAGCUCCAUCAUGCCCGGCAAGGUCAACCCCACCCAAUGCGAGUCCCUCACUAUGGUCUGCGCUCAGGUUAUGGGUAACCACGUCGCUGCCACCGUCGGCGGCAUGAACGGCCAGUUCGAGCUGAACGUCUUCAAGCCCGUCAUGAUCGCCAACCUGCUCCACAGCGUACGCAUCCUCUCCGACGGCAUGAACAGCUUCCGCUCCCACCUCGUCGAGGGUCUCGAGGCCAACGAGUCCCGCAUUAACUCCCUUCUCCACGAGAGUCUGAUGCUUGUGACCUGCCUGAACCCCGUCAUUGGCUACGACAUGGCUUCCAAGGUCGCCAAGAACGCCCACAAGAAGGGCACCACUCUCAAGGAGAGUGCUAUGGAGCUCAAGGCUCUCAGCUCCGAGGAGUUCGACAAGUACGUUCGCCCCGAGCUCAUGCUUGCUCCUAAGGAGUUGAAGUAA